AUGUCUUCAACAAGCCUCUUUGAUCCUCGUUCUAUUGAAUCAGCAAAGAAUGUGAUAAGCACAUUUGUUAAAUCUGCUUUCUCUCAAAAGCAUGCUUCAACUACUGCCAUUGUAUGUUCUGCUGUUGUUGGCUUAUUUGCUUAUGAGCAAUAUGUUUAUUUAAAGAAGAAAAAAUCUCUUCCCGGUCCUACCCUUAAAAUUCCGAUUAUUGGUGCUUUUAUGGAUUCUCUUUAUCCUACUUUUGAAGGAUAUAUGAGUAAAUGGAAAAGUGGUGAACUAUCAUGUGUUAGUGUGUUUGACAGAUUUGUGGUUAUCGCUUCAACUUGUGAAUUAAGCCGUAAAAUUCUUAAUGCCCCUGUUUAUGCUCAGCCUGCUGUAGUAGAUUCUAUGAAGUAUAUCCUUUGCGCUGAUAAUUGGGUAUUCUUAAGUGGAAAAGCUCAUGUAGAUUAUCGUAAAGGAUUAAACGUUUUAUUCACGCGUAAAGCUUUAGGUAUCUAUAUACCUAUUCAAGAAAAAGUAUAUCAAAAACAUUUUAUGGAAUGGCUUUCAUUAAAUGGUGUUUCUGAACAAUAUCAAUUGCGAUUCCGUGAACUUAAUAUGGAAGCUUCACUUCGAGUCUUUUUAGGUGAUUAUAUGUCUGAUGACAUAGCAGUAAAAAUUUCACAAGAAUAUUUCAAUAUUACGGCUGCAUUAGAACUUGUCAAUUUCCCUAUUCCUUUACCGGGCACUAAAGUUUACAAGGCUAUUCAAUCACGUAAAUUUAUUGUCAAACAAUUUAUUGAAAGCAUUAAAGAUAGUCGUUUAAGAAUGGCUAAUAAAGGUGAAGUUAAAUCAAUGAUGGAUGCAUGGAUUAAUUCAAUGAAUGAAUAUGAAAUUGAGUGUGAAAGAGAAGGAAAGCCUGCUCCUAGAAAAUUUAAUGAUCGAGAAAUUGCUUUAACUAUCUUGACUUUCCUCUUUGCUUCUCAAGAUGCUACUUCUUCUGCUUUAACUUGGGCCUUCCAAUUAUUAGCUGAUCAUCCUGAUGUCCUUGAAAAAGUCUAUAAUGAGCAAAUAAAAGUUCGUAAGGGUAAUAUGAAUCAAGAAUUAUCUUUAGAAUUGAUGGAAGAGAGUGUUUAUUUACGUCAAGUUGUCAAAGAGAUCCUUCGUCUUCGUCCACCUGUAUUAAUGGUUCCUUAUCAAACUAUUCGCGAAUGGCCACUUACUUCUAAUUAUACUGUUCCUAAAGGAGCAAUGGUCAUUCCUACUACUUAUCCUGCUCUUCAUGAUGCUAAUGCAUAUCCUAACCCUGAUGCUUUUAAUCCUGAUCGAUGGGGUCCCGAAGGUACUGCUGAAAAGCACCCAAAGAAUUUUAUGGUCUUUGGUAAUGGACCUCAUCACUGUCUUGGUAAAGAAUAUGCUAUCAUGCAUUUGAUGGCGGUUAUUGCUGAAGCUUCACUUCAAUUAGAAUGGACUCAUACACGUACAGAAAAGAGUGAUGAAAUUUCUAUUUUUGCUACUAUUUAUCCUCAAGAUGGUUGUAUUAUGAGUUUCAGACCUAAGAAAAUGACCACUAACACCACCCCAACAAUCACAACAACAGCAACUACAACUACUACUACUACUACUAUUACCGUUUAA